AUGGAUUCCCACCAACAAGACGAACUCGCCGCGCUCUUCGCGCAGAGCAUGCACGUCUCCUUCGCACCACCCCAACAGACCGCCGUUGUCCAGCAAGAAGUCAUCAUCGAGUCCCUCCCUCAACAAACCUUCGACGAGAAAACUCCAAUCACCUACAUCUCCGCCCACUACACGCAUUCCACUCACCUCGCUCCCACCAACCACUCCUCCCCGUCAACUAGCCCUCCUCCACCCUACGCCUCCCCAUUCCCACCAGCCAUGCAAGACACGCAAACCAUGCCCGAAGCAAUGGCCCAAACUCUCCUCCAACACUCCAUUGACCCGGCAACCCUCCUCCCCUCGCAAAUACACCUCUUCCUCCACGCGGACUAUGAGCAGCGCUUGAGGCUGCUGGAGUUGUGGCGUAUAUCCCCACCCUCCUACGCAGUUGACCAAGCGCGGUAUGAGCAGACCACGAUCGAAGCGGAGGAGAGGCAAGCGAAAAUGAGGUUCGAGGAGCACCUGAGAGAGCAGGCGAAGGCGUUUCAGCAGCUCCAGAAACAUUCCGAGGAAGUGGCGGAGGUGGAGCCGUAUAUCGUCAACGGGUAUGAUGCGGAUCAAUCGAAGCAUAGUGUUGAUCCGGUAUAUGCGGCCACAGCGAUGCAGGAUCAGUAUGGGAGGUACGAGCAGAUGCGGUGUCAUGCGGAUUGGGAGAGGAUGAAUGGUGGGGAUGACGAGAUGGUGAUGUGA